UUUAUUUUAUGGGCAAUUCAGAUGCCGAAGUUGAUAAUCGUUGUGCUCACAAUCCAACAGUGAAGAGAACCAUUGUCCAUGAAUUACAAAUGUUUCUUCAUCAGAAUAACAAUUUAGUAAACAUGUUUAAAAUAGCAUUGGAUCGGAUGCCAUCUGAUAGCCAUAAUAUUAUCAUUCGAGCUGACAAAACACCUGCCGGUGAACACACAAGGAGGUUUAAUUCACCUACCAUAGACGAAGUGGCUGUUGUUGUUGUGCGAGAAAAUUUACAAUCUAGAGAUAUUAUGCUUCAUCGUCGGAAUAGUGAUUUAAAACGUGUAUCUGAAACACACAGGAGUUACGAUGCAUUACAAUAUCCUUUGAUCUUUUGGCAGGGGGAAGAUGGAUACCAUUUUAAUAUCAAAAUGGUAAAUGAAGUAACAGAUGCUGAAACCAACAAAAAAGUUAGUGCUAUGAAUUUCUAUUCAUACAGACUCAUGAUCCGUCAAGGUGAAGUAUUAUAAAUCAUAUUUUGAUGUGUCAAAGACUUUUCCAUCAGUUUGCAGUUGACAUGUAUGUCAAAAUUGAGACUGAACGAUUGACAUACAUCCGUUUGAACCAACGACAGCUACGAUCAUUCAUCUCCGUGAUGCUAUAAAUGCGGAGGGCAAUGUGGAUAAUGUGGGAAGAAUGACAAUUUUGCCAGCCACUUAUAUAGGAAGCCUAUGCUACAUGGAUGAAUAUGCUCAGGAUGCUAUGUCAUAUGUUAGGCAUUAUGGCCGCUCAGACUUAUUUGUUAUAUUCACAUGUAACCCUAAAUGGUCCGAAAUCAAGAGGGAAUUGCUACAUAGCCAAACACCAGUUGAUAGACAUAACUGCUAGAGUUUUUAAACAAAAAUUAAAAUCUCUCAUGAAUUUCUUAAUAAAGCAUUGUGUGUAUGACCGAGUCCGUUGUUGGAUGUAUUCUGUAGAAUGGCAAAAGCGUGGAUUACCACAUGCGCAUAUAUUAGUCUGGUUAGUGGACAAAAUAAGGCGAGAUCAGAUUGAUUCCAUAAUUUCAGCUGAAAUUAAAGAUGAAACAGUUGAC